AUGGUGCGACCGGUCGUUUUGGGCCAUGUGCAGCUGCGUCGCCGUGAUUGCCUUGCCUCCAUCUUGAGACCUCCCAUGCUGCCCCUCGAGGUGGAGUGGGGCGGCGGGGUGCCCUGUCUGCCUGUGGGUGGCGUCCCCUCUCCUGUGUCCUGUGUCCUGUGGCUGCGGGAGGUGGGUCGCGCUCUCUUCCUCUGUCUUUCGUCCUCGUCUUUCCCCCUGCGACUCCCGUCGGGCCUUUGGCCUCCUGCCGGCCUCCAUCCUCCAUCCAACCAGGAGGCGGCGGCGAGGGGCCUGGCUCGGCUGGGUGGCAGGGUGGCUGUCACCGCUCCGACACGCCCUUCAGCCUGGACGGCCUCGGCUGACCCACAAGUCCGCUUGCGAGCAUCGGGAGCCAUGUCCCGCGUCGCGUCACGCAGCAUGGACAUGGGACAAGGGUCAGGGCAUCGGAAUGCGGAGGUGAGGGCCUGGGAGUAUGGUUUUGGACCUAAUUCGGCCAGCUGGGGACUGUGUGCGCCCGGCUCGAUGCAGGAGAGGCGGUACACACCAGGAGACGCGUUGCCCGUGGUGGUUGCAUCUGCUUCCCUCCACGACCUGCCGACAAGCCCGGCUCGGUGCCGGCCGGAAAGGUGGCUCAAGCCUACCGCCAUCGACCACAUUGCCAAGGCAAACGCCAAGACGCCACCCAAGCCGGGGGCGCUGGCAGGCAAGUCAGGACAUAGCUGCGUUCCAGUGGAUGGAACAGCAGUCCCCGCUCGUGUGCCAAAAGCUUGGGGUGAUGUUGCCAUAUGUGUCUGUCCGUCCCGUGUUCGAGGGCUCGUCAACUCGCUGUUUUGGGCCGCCUCCACCCAGCGUCGCAUCGGGCGAGACCUACGUUUUCAGAGACGCCAGUUUCAGACAAACAAGCAACCUCUGGACGCCUCUAUCAUAUGCCUACGCGACAUGUGUCGUAAUACCCCCUUCAGAGCGUCCACGGGAUCGGCAUGCAAGGGUGGAGGGCAUGAGGGGUAUGGGGCCCAGGCCCAGGUGCAGGCUGGCGGUUUGUUCCCCGUCUGUCCUGCCCACGGCGGAGAGGAGGGCACCAAGAGGCGACCGCGUGGCUCCGUUGCUAUCCGUGCGGUGGCCUAA